AUGGAUUUGAAAGAGGCGGGAGGGAUAUUCCGCGUCUGCGUGAAGUCACGGGCAGGUGCUGUUGGAGGCCAAUUCUGGUCAGUUUGCGUUCCGUGUCUGAGAUCUGCUGAGAAUUUCUCUAUCGCGGGCCGGAUUGGCUGGGAUCAUGUUCGCCUUCGACCUGAUUUUGACGGAAUCGCAACUGUAAUACCGGGACUGGAAGAUGUGAAAUGCUACCCGCGAUUGCUCCAAUAUAUCCUCGAUCGUGGCGCGACGGAAGAACAGUUGGCUAAAGUUGCUGGGGAAAAUGUUUUGAGGGUGUGGAAGAGCGUUGAGGUAAUUCGCGAUCAAAUGAGAACUGAAGGCGUGCAACCCGUUGAGGAUGUUUGGGAGUAUCGAAGUUGGUGGCGAUAUGAUGGAUAUUACCAGAUGCCUGAUCCAGAUCCCGAAGAUAAAUUGGAAUUGGAUUGGUAUGAGGUUCAACCCCCGAAAGAAGGUCUCUACCUCAAAGAAUAG